UGAAACCAGCCAAAUAGGAAGAAAUUUGAUAUGUCACUGUUUGCACAAGAGCGACGAGACAUACUGCAUAAUAAAUAGCGCUGUCAAAAACUGGUGUCACACUGUAUUUCGGGAUCUCAUUAAGUUUAUCCCUGCUGCGUUUUCCCCGCUGCGUUUUCCCCACAUCAUCUGCGGGCAUUACCACGCAACUACCUGAUUAGGAGAUAUCUGUCUACUUGACCUAAUCACGACGACUCACUUCAAUUUCUAUGGCCAAUAUUGAUCAAACCCCCAGACGAGUGUCUCAGGGAAGCAGAUUGGGCGACAGUGAUUGUCAAACGCCCAGGCCCCAUUAUCGGAAUAUCAAAAUUUUUGAAGAUGGCACUCACUGCCAUGUUCUGAAAGCUCGAAAUUCAGGACAUCCCUCCAAUUGGCUGUGCAAUACUUUUGCACGUUUAAUGCAGAGAUACGGCCCAAAGGGGCCGCCUGCAUCCGAAGCGACCAAUGAGCCCAGCACGAUAGAAUCCUUCUCCAAAAAAUAUGGAAAGUGCGAUAAAAUCCUCCAUUACGGCUCUUCCACCUCGGUGAAAUUAUAUAGUAAGAAAGCCUCGAUAUUUUCGAGCGAUAAAAAACUAUACGCGGUCAAAGCCUAUCACCGAUUGCCUCGAGAACGUAUGGAUCAUUAUCGUCACUCCGUAAGAAGCAUAUCCUCCUAUGUCGAUCACCCCAAUAUUGUUCGAACGAUAGAAGUUUGUUACAAUGAAAGAGGGGAUCUUUACGCAGCCAUGGAGUAUUACGAUGGAAGCAGUCUUCACGCCCUGAUCGCCGCAUCGGGAAAACUUGCAACCGUCGAAGCCGACUGCUUCUUCAAGCAACUUAUGCGCGCAGUGUCGUAUCUCCAUGACAAUGGAAUUGCACACCGGUAUUUGAAGACUGAAAAUAUUCUUCUCACCAUCCAUGGUGCUGUCAGGGUUGCACAUUUUGAUGGCGCGGAGUGGUUGCAAACAGGCUUGCAGCCAAUCUCACAUGCAUGGAGGUGGUCUGGAAAAAUACCAUACAUUGCACCAGAAGAGUUAAAAGAGGCAAACAGCGAUUACUAUGACCCUAGGGCGGGCGAUAUCUGGGCUGCAGGAUUAAUCUAUAUGGCUAUGAGAUGUGGUCGACUCCCCUGGAGUAUUGCCAGGGAAGAAGAAGAUAGAAAUUUUGAAGAGUAUCUCCGUGCACGCCAGCAGGAAGAUGGGUACUUUCCUAUUGAGGCAUUAUGCAAAGAACAUCGCUGCAACGUGAUCUACGCCAUGCUGGAUCCAAAGCCUCACCGUCGCCUUACAGCAUCUGAUGCUCUUCAAUCGAAAUGGAUUCAUGAGGUUGUGGUAUGCAGUGCGGGGGAGACAGGGCACCUAUAA